AUGUCCAGACAUUUGUUGAAAGCUGAUGGAGAACGUGCAGCACGUGAAGUGAAGCUACUAUUGUUGGGAGCUGGUGAAUCAGGGAAAAGCACCAUCGUUAAGCAGAUGAAAAUUAUUCAUGAAACUGGCUAUAGCGACGAGGAACGGAAACAAUAUCGGCCGGUUGUGUUCAGCAACACUAUACAGUCAAUGGUAGCUCUGCUUCGCGCCAUGGGCACCUUGAAGAUCGACUUCAAAUCACCGAACAGCGUCGAGGACACACAACAAUUUUUCAGCAUUAGCCAAACAUGUGAUGAAGGCGAGUUGCCUCCAGACCUGGCAAGUGUCAUGAAACGUCUUUGGGCAGAUCCAGGUAUUCAGGAAUGUUUUAUGAGGUGA